AAAAGAACUGCAAACCUGGCUGGAAAUUUUGCCUUCAAGUCACCCUUAGGCAAAGGAAUAAUUAGAAAGGCUCCAGAGGAUAUUUUUUGCAGGAAUGGUCACUCCCUAAAUCCAGGCAAGGAAGGGGAGGAGUCUGAGCCGUGUCCCGCUCCUUCUCCCGUAAACUUCAGUCGCUAGGAGUUUGUUUGGCAGCCCGAAUUCGAAAGGCCAGAAGUAGCAGAACAACCUGAGACUUCUCAAUGGUUUCAGUGACUAGAGCCGUGUUUGGAGACCUGCCCUUGGGGGCAGGGACGGUGGAGAAGUUCCAGCUGCAAUCAGACCUGCUGAGAGUGGACAUCAUCUCCUGGGGCUGCACCAUCACGGCCCUGGAGGUCAAAGACAGGCAGGGCAGAGCCUCAGAUGUGGUCCUUGGCUUUGCCGAGUUGGAAGGGUACCUUCAAAAGCAGCCCUACUUUGGAGCAGUGGUUGGCAGGGUGGCCAACCGAAUUGCCAAAGGAACAUUCACAUUGGACGGGAAGGAGUAUAAGCUGGCCAUUAACAACGGGCCCAACAGUCUGCAUGGAGGAGUCAGAGGGUUUGAUAAGGUCCUCUGGACGCCUCAGGUGCUGUCAAACGGAGUCCAAUUCUCUCGGGUCAGUCCAGAUGGUGAGGAAGGUUAUCCUGGGGAGUUAAAAGUCUGGGUGACGUACACGCUGGAUGGUGGAGAGCUCAUGGUCAACUAUCGAGCACAGAGCAAUCAGACCACACCGGUCAAUCUGACCAACCAUUCUUAUUUCAACCUGGCAGGCCAGGGUUCCCCGAAUAUAUAUGACCAUGAAGUCACUAUAGAAGCUGAUGCUUUCUUACCUGUGGAUGAGACCCUGAUCCCUACAGGAGAAGUUGUACCUGUACAAGGAACUGCAUUUGACAUGAGGAAGCCAGUGGAGCUUGGAAAACACCUGCAGGAGUUUCACAUCAAUGGCUUUGACCACAAUUUCUGUCUGAAGGGCUCUAAUGAAAAGCAUUUUUGUGCACGCUCUGUGGCUGGGUCUGAUUCCUAUAGCAAAGAUGCUUCCAGUGUUUAUCCGUCCCUGCCUGCUUUUCUGCCCUGGACCUGUGUAUAUGUGGCUUGGUUGAUCUCCAGGGUCCAUCAUGCUGGAAGCGGGCGGGUACUGGAAGUCUACACCACCCAGCCCGGGGUCCAGUUUUACACAGGCAACUUCCUGGAUGGCACACUGACGGGCAAGAGUGGAGCAGUCUAUCGCAAGCACUCCGGUUUCUGCCUCGAGACCCAGAACUGGCCUGAUGCAGUCAAUCAGCCCCACUUCCCUCCUGUGCUGCUGAGGCCUGGUGAGGAGUAUGAGCACACCACCUGGUUCAAGUUUUCUGUGGCUUAAGGAAGUGUAAAGACAUGACCUGCUCCCAAGCCAGGCUGGGAGCCCCUGCAGCCGCCUGUCUACUGUUUAGAAAGGAGAUGAAAAUUUAGACGCUUUAAAAGUGAUCCUGUGAAUUAAAAUCAUACCAAUGGUAGAUGUCAUGAUCAGUCUGAAUAUUGAUUUCCUUCUCCAAUGACUGGCUCCAGGCCAAGUCUAAUGACCAGCUCUAUUCUCUGUGUAAUUAAGCCCUAAGCCCUAACCCUAACCCCAAAAUGGUACAUAGGCCCCUUGUACUGUGUUGGCUCUAUCUCUCCACGUUGCCUCUUCCUUUUCUACUUUUCACCCCUCCUUCCUUUGAGCCUACUGUCUCAUUCCUUUUCUUUUUCCUACUCCUUUACCUCAAAUCAUCUUGCCCUUGUGCAGCACUUUGGAGUAUUAUUUUAUACUAUUAUAUACUAGCAAUCAGUUGAAAUAAAAACAAACAAAAAACACCUGCACCUUUAGAAGACUCCCAGUUCCUUCAUUCAUCUUUAAAUCUGUUAGGCAUGGACCUUUGGGAAAUGGACUAAGUGUAUGGUAUGUUCUGGAUUCUUCUAUGCUGUCCAGUACGAGCCCAGCAUCUUCCUAGAGGAAAGCUACCGAACUGACAACCUACUGAGCUUCCCAUAUUUCCUCUUUCUUGGCAACAACAACAAACCAUGUUAUAAAAUUCAUUUCAGCAUGAAUUUCCCGAGUACCUAUUUUGUACAUAAUUCUCUGCUGAGUCUUUUAAAGGAUUCAGGAGGUACUGUCUAAGACAACUAUGUUCCCUCAGGGAUAUCACAGUCUCUCUGGGAGAGACAUAACUGAUUGUAGCAAUUAGAUGAUGCAGAAUUACACCAUGACAGAGCUUGGGAGCCCUCAACACGAACUUGGCUUCUGGCAUUUACUACGUGGACAAACAAUCUAAUUUCAUUUGGCCUCAGUUUUCUCACUUGCAAGGCAAAGUAGUUUGUUUUCCUCUAUUCUAAAAAAAGAAUUGUUUUUAUAAGCCACGUCUAAAGUGUCAUACCCAAGUAAGGAUAUUCACCUUUAGGGCAGUUGAAAGAAGUUACUGGUAUUUUAAUUAAUUGUGUUAAUGAAAGACAAU